CCCAAUACUUUCUCUAUUUUCGAAUUGUGCGUGGGUUCUACUCCAUAUUAAACGGUGUGCAUCAUUUCUCAAGGGUCCAAUAUUUCGUUUGGAUUUCACCAGCCAAAUUUCACCUCUCCUCCAAACCGCUCGCUUUAUGUCAAAUUCGAAUUUCAACCCAAACCGGCAAACCCUAAUAUUCCAAUUUCUGGGAUAGGAGGAUACGGGCCGAUAGGAGGCCUAUAUGGGCCUAUUGGGCCGGGCUCCACCGGAGCAAACCCCCUCACAUCAUAGGGGGACUUGGCCAUCGCCGCCGGCAGCCACGCCGCCGCCGCCGCAUCUCGCUCCCCUACCCCCCACCGCCGCAAGCCUCCCCGGCGGCGAACCUUACCGCCCCCGCAAUGGCCGCGGACUGGAUGUGGGCGCGCCGGUCGUGGGAGAAGUGGGCUGGGAAGCACGUCGGCGCUUCGGGGAAGCCGGUCAAGGCGGCGCUGCUGCUCAACUACGACCCGACGGGGCCGUCUCGCCUCCUCCCCGUCGUAGCAGAGCAAGAAGGAACUGAACUGAAAGCUGUUGAUCUGCUACCAUUUCUAGACUUUGUUCGACGGAACAAUCUGCAGAUGGAAUUCUUCUCUAUUGGCUCAAACCGGUAUUUGGUCACCUCAAUCCAUGAACACUGGUUCUGUGCUCGUUGCGUUAAUGCAGUACAGCCAGAAGGUGAAGGUGUUAUAGUUAUGGAGAUUGGAGCUUACUUGUUAGUUUGUAUGUAUGAUGGUUCUCUUGGUUCUGCUUCACAAGCAAUGGUGGCUGUUGAUCAGUUUGCAUGGCACUUUAAUCGAAGAACUCACUAACUGCUGAUUUUUGUUAGUUUCAGGUGUGAGAUCUGAGAUGAGUCUAGACAUUGUUGAUUGAAAUCAUUCUUCUAAACUUUAGUGUAACUGCCUAAUAUUACUGUUCUCUUGGGUUUAGUUGUAAUCGCUAUUAGCUGUUUUCUGUAAGACAGAUGUGUUUGAGGCAAUUUAACUAAACUUAUUAGGGCAUAUCUACUCGGUAGUCGUAAGUCCACAUAAGCUUUGUAUAUUUUGUGAGAAUGCUUUAGGUUUUGAAUAUUUGACCUGAUGUAGUGGCGAGAUAUUCAAUGGCAUAUCAUUUAAUGUUAAAGCUGACCAUGUUUGUAAGAACGAAA